AUGGCGCCCAUACAAGGACUGCUUCGUCCAUACCACAAAGACGAGAAGUUCGCCCUACAGAACAGAGAACCCAGCAGCUACAACCCUCUCUAUUCCUACCGGCUCUCUCGAGGAGAGAAGAAACAGUAUGUCCAGCAAUAUGGCGACAUGUACUUCCUCCGACUGGCAAAAUUGAAGCCUGUGGUCGAGAAGAUUGCUGAAGAGGACUGGGAGGACUUCGAAAUUGCAGGAGAGAAAGCUCAGAGGGUGGACCGAGUGCUAGAUGUGAGGCAAGGCCAGCUCUGCUGGGUGGUGGGAACGAUAUACAUGGAUAUGCCGUUGAAGCCAAACAUCCUGGAAGAUAUUGGGAAAGAGCAUUGGAUUGCUGGGCCUCCGCCACGACACUCUUACUUUUCAGCAGACAUCGAGACGCAGGUUAUGUUGGAAGACGAGUCCGGCCGGCUGCGUCUGAUAGGACAAAUGCUGAAGAACAACCUAUUGGUAACCGGCGUGAUUGUCGCAGUCCUUGGAACCGAAAAUGCGAAUGGAGACUUUGAAGUGCUGGACCUGCACCUUCCUGAGCUGCCACCACAGCCAAAAAGAUGGGCGGGAGAGGAAGAAGAGGAGAAGAUGGACGUGGAUCAGCCAAGAAAGAAGAUCGCUCUCAUUAGCGGCCUGGACAUCUCUGGGACUGAGGCGGACACGCUCAGAAUCUCUCUUUUGACGGAGUACCUGCUAGGCGAGGCCUUGGACGACGAUGACAGGAAAGAAGCCAGUACGAUUUCGCGCUUGAUUAUCGCCGGCAACUCGGUGGCGUCAGAUCUUAUGCUCAAUCAUCAAACCUCGACUGAGGAUGGCAAGAAAGCCGGCAAUCGGAAAUACGGCUAUGAUGCGGCGGCCUACAACCCUUCGCCCACCGAGCAUUUCGACCAGUUCCUGGCAGAGCUACUGCCCAGCAUACCAGUUACCAUGUUAGCAGGCGAACGAGAUCCGGCUAACGCCAGUUUGCCACAGCAGCCAAUCCAUCCCGCCAUGUUCCCACAUUCCAGAGUCUAUGCAUCUGCAAACAUCACUGACCCAGAAGAAGUUGAAGAACCUGCGUGGCUGGACAGUGUCACGAACCCCUGGGAAGGAGACAUUGAUGGAUGGCGGUUCAUGGGCAAUAGCGGGCAACCUGUGGAUGACAUUCUCAAGUACGUUGAUCUGGGUGGACCUGACGGGAGCAAUACGGAUGGAAGAAUGGAAGUCAUGGUCAACAUGCUCAGAUGGCGAUGCGGCGCACCCACGGCCCCAGAUACAUUGUGGUGCUAUCCGUUCCAAGACCGAGAUCAAUUUGUGAUCGAGCAUUGCCCUCAUCUCUUCUUUGUGGGAAAUCAACCUCGCUUCGAAACUCAUGUCAUUCAAGGGCAAGAUGGCCAACAAGUUCGACUCAUUGCAAUCCCACCGUUUCACGAGACCGGCGAACUCGUGUUGGUGGAUUCUGAGACUCUUGAGGUCGGGGUGGUGAGUUUUGAUGUGCACGAUCCUGCCCAACUUGAUGGGUCAUGA